AAGCGGCCAGCGAUUGUCACUGCCGCGUCCGUAAGCUUCCGAAAAAAAAAACAAGACACGUCGGAAGUAAAAACGCGUGAAACAACCCAAUUAACGGACUUUAAAACUCGAACGAAUCAGUGGCAGAGAGCGUGAUAUGCCGGUAUAGUGAGCUUUGACUGAAAACAAGUGAAAAAAACAAAAAAAAAACACCGGCGAAAUGGCUUACGACGAUAUUAUUCCGAUCCUAGGCGACUUUGGCAGAUAUCAAAGGAGAAUUUAUUUUCUGUUGUGCCUUCCUGCGAUCCUGUGUGCCUUUCAUAAGUUGGGAAACGUGUUCCUAGUGGCAGAACCGAACUACAGAUGCUUGUUGCCAAAUGAACCAAGUAAUGCGACUUAUCACCUGCAAAACGAAACCUUAAAGAAUAUGAUACCUUGGGAUGGUCGCAACAAAAACAAUAUUUCUUCUUGCGAGUUCUUAAACGAAAAUGGGACUAGGCAACACUGCGAUCGUUAUGUUUUCGACGAUACAUUGUAUGGAAAAACUGCCGUUAUAGAGUUUGAGUUAACAUGCAAAAAAACACAUUUUAUAGCAAUUGGCCACUCACUGUUUAUGUUUGGAGUCAUGGUGGGUUCCAUAGUUUUUGGAGAGUUAUCUGAUAGGUACGGUAGAAAAUUGAUUUUCUUUAUAUCCCUGGUUAUACAAGUGGUGUCUGGUGUGAUAGCGGCAUUUUCUCCGGAAUUUUGGUCAUUCACAGUGGCCAGGUUUUUAAUUGGGGCCACUACUUCAGGAGUGUUUCUCGUUGCGUACGUUAUAGCAUUAGAAAUGGUUGGACCGAAAAAUAGAACCCUGGCGGGUACCAUAAUUCACAUGUUUUUCUCUCUGGGUUACAUGCUAUUGGCUGUAAUCGCCUAUUACAUAACAGAAUGGAGAAGAUUACAACUUGCACUUACACUACCAGGAGUCCUUUUCCUUUGCUAUUGGUUUAUCAUUCCAGAAUCCACGCGGUGGUUGUUGAGCAAAAACCGUGUGAGCGAAGCCAAAAAAUUGGUGAAAUCGGCCGCAAAAGUGAACAAAGUCACCAUCACCGAAGACGUUAUGGACAUAUAUUUAGUACCUGAGCAUAAAGUACCUGAAGCCCACGAAAAACAAGCCUCCAUCUUGGAUAUAUUUAAGUACCCAAACUUGAGAAAUCGCGCUCUAAUUAUUUUCUUUGAUUGGUUUGCUAAUAAUAUAACCUACUAUGGUUUAUCCUGGAACACAAACAAUCUAGCAGGGAAUCCUUAUUGGAACUUUGUAAUAUCCGGGGCGGUCGAGAUACCCGCUUACACGUUUUUAAUUUUGACCUUGAACCGAUGGGGCAGGAAAUUGGUCAUGUGCGGCUGUAUGAUCCUAGCCGGCGUUGCUCUACUUUUGACAGCAAUUCCACAAAAUCCUCAAUGGCUCGUCAUUACACUGGCUAUGAUCGGUAAACUUUCAAUAACGGCCAGUUAUGGGGCUGUCUAUAUUUUUUCGACUGAGCAGUUCCCAACUGUUAUACGAAACGCUGGGCUUGGAGCUGGAUCUACCUGUGCUAGAUUGGGGUCCAUUUUAGCCCCAUAUAUAAAUGUUCUAAGCAAAGUAUGGGUACCUUUACCCUUAAUAACUUACGGCUUUUUGGCGUUAUUCGGUGGUUGCCUAUCUUUAUUACUCCCAGAAACUUUGAACAAAAAACUACCGCAAACAAUUGAAGAGGGCAACACGUUUGGAAGAAAAAUUCGAGAGAUUCCGGUGAAUCCCGAGGAGGGCGUGGCCUUGAGCGCGAAACCGCUCGAAGGAAACGGCGAAGUGAAACCGGCCAAUGGCGAGUGCAGCUGAACGUUUUAAUUGUCAAAAUAAGAAUAAACUUUAUGUAAUUGUUGAUACUUUUUUGCCGAUUCCAGUGUAUUUUAAAAUGUACAAUAUUAUUUUUUGUAUUAUUGUUUACUGUUUAGGAUUUUAUUAUUAUCAGUUAAGUUUUUAGGUUACACUGUGCCAAAGAUUUAUUUAUGACUAAAACACUGAACCAGUGAUGCUUAAUUACCAUUGUUUUAAAGAUAAUGGUCGAGAUUUUAAUAAUUGAUUUUAUAGACAUUUCUGUGAAUAUUUUACUGUUACAUCACAAUUUACUUUGCAGUAUUUUAUUAAAAUAAGUCCAGUUUAAUUACUUUUCUAUCAAGUUGUUUUAUUAUUGUGCAUUUACAAUUUUAUACCUAUA